CUCUACUUUAGUCAAUCCUCUUUGGCUCCAAGUGUCAGUUCAGUAAAAUAGUCAAUAUCAGUCAAUAUGGUUUCGAAAGAGAAUAAUCUCCCGAGUUUAUACGUCGAAUUGAAUAAAUUCGGACGUCAUGGUGAAUACGAAAGAGCGUUAAAAGUCGCUAAUAGAAUUUUGGGAAUAUUUCAAGAUGAAGAUGCAGCGAUUCACUGCAAAGUUAUUUGCCUUAUACAAUUAUCAAAGUUCAAUGAUGCGCUUCAAUUAAUUGCGAAAAAUCCAAAAAUCUCCAUUCAUUUGGAGUUUGAAAAAGCUUACUGCCUAUAUCGUCUGAAUCAAGUGGCCGAGUCUCUCAAAGUUGUCUCAAAUAUCCAAAAUCCAUGUCUAAAAAUCAAGGAACUCAAGGCUCAGAUCCUUUAUCGUCUCGAGAAAUAUGAGGAUUGCUUCUCGGUCUAUCGAGACAUAAUAAAGAACUCCAGUGAUGAUUAUGAGGAUGAGAGGGAGACAAAUUUAGCGGCAGUACUGGUAAAUCUCACCGCAGAAGGCUCUAGCAUCGAUAUCCCCGAACUUCGAGACCACACGUACGAGCUCACCUACAACGCAGCAUGUCGUCUGGUCGCCAAGGGAGUUCAAGGGGAUCGUUCAAACCUGAUUGAAGCUGAAAAGAAGCUUCGUCUGGCUGAGAACAUGUGCAAAGAAGCCCUAGAAGAGGACGGUGCCACCGAAGAAGAAAUCGAAGAUGAACUCGGAAUAAUCAGAGUCCAAUUGGGCUAUUGUCUCCAGCUCCAAGGACGUGAGAAGGAAGCCCAAGCCCUUUACUCCAACGCUUUGAAAGCAAAACCCGAUGACAUAGCUCUCGUAGCAGUUGCGAGCAACAAUUUAGUAACUCUGAACAAGGACCAGAACGUUUUCGACAGUAAAAAACGUAUGAAAUCGGCGACCCAUGAAGGUCUGGAGCACAAGCUGAUAUCUUGCCAGCGUCGCAGCGUCGCCUACAAUCAAUGUCUCCUCGCUCUGUACACGAACCAAGGAGACCACUGCCAACAACUCUGCAAGAAACUCAUCAAGGACCACCCUGAGAUGUCAGCGGAAGCGACAUUUGUCCGGGCAGUUCAACUGAGUAAAGAGGGCAAGGUAAAAGAAGCUGUGACGAUUCUCCUGAAACAAUCCAGCAACAAAGAUCUAUCAAUGAAACUAGCAUGUGUUCAAUUACUUCUAUCUCAUGGAGACCGGAAAGAAGCGAUCGAAAUAUUGGAGAAUUUGAAUCCUAAUCAUAAAGCACUUCCAGGUAUUGUCAGUGCCUUGGUGACACUUCAUAUGGCUGAGAACAAUCGAGAAAAGGCCUCGGCAGUUCUGAAAGAAGCGGUUAGUCAUUACAAAUCAAAUAAGGAGAACACUGGAAACCUCGGAAUGCUAUGGAGACAGGCAGCGAACUUCCACCUUCGAGGAGGUGAAGUCAAAGUUGCUGCCGCAAGUUUAGAAUCUCUCUUGGAAGCUUCUCCAUUGGACACCAAGACGCUGGCGCAGUUGGUGGUCGCUUACGCUCAAUUCUCUCCAGCGAAAGCUCAAGCUUUAUCGAAACAAUUACCUCCACUGGACCAUCUUGCUGAGGCGAUCGAUGUCGACGCGUUGGAAACUAGUAAUUGGGUCAUUGGGAUGAAGGUAGUCAAGAAAAAGGUGGAACCUUCUCCAGGAAAAAUCGGAACUGGGACGAGUGGAGAGAGGGAAAGGAAGAAGAAUAAGAGGAAACGUAAGGGGAAUUUGCCGAAGAACUAUGAUGCCAGUAGUGCACCGGAUCCUGAGAGGUGGUUGCCCAGACAUGAGAGAAGUGGCUUCAGGAAGAAGAGGGACCGGCGGAAUAGGGAUGCUACGAUGAAAGGGACACAAGGGGCUGCUGCUGGUGGUAGUGAUCUUUAUGAUAUUACGAAGAUGCCAGUGAAUGCUAAACCUUCGCCGAAUCCCCGACAGAGCCCGGCUGUGGAGAGCUCUGGGCCCAGGCAGCAGCAGAGGAAGGUCCAACAGAAAAAGAAGAAAAAAGGGGGGAAAUGGUAAAGGGUUGACGCAGAAAAUGGAGGUAAUCAAGACGGAGGGGAGUACAGGGAUUAAUUUCGAGAAUGAUUGCUUUUAAGAGACAAUGUCUUUUGCAGAAAAUUUCCUCAACUACAAAACAAGACAUUCAGUCCUGAAGCACUCACUAGGAAGAUAAUUAUAUGUGCAGUCGAGCUCCCCACGGCUUAAGGAUAUCCAAGUAUUUCGUUCAAAUUGGCAACUUUUUUUCUAGCAAGAUUUCAGUUUUGUCGAAA